AUGGCCAUGAAAGGAAGCGUUCGACGCAGUAAGGCGAAGGAGGAGAUGCUCGUGAGUAUGAUCCUCUGCUUCCCUGAAGCAACCACCGCCACCGACCAAAUCUAUAUGUACACCCUUCCGUUAUCGUCCGUCAUCAAGGAAUUGAAGAAGCGUGAGUUGUGUUGUGUGUUGUUGCCCGCUGGCAAGAUCACCGGGAGAAGUGGAGAUCCGAUCGAGCUCCGAGUCUCUCGUUAUUCGGAUGAGCCUACCGACUCGACUCCGUCUCGUGUUGCGCUCUCGUAG